AUGCCUUUUGAGGCGCCUCAAAAGCCCUCUCCACUCCCACUCCCCCUCCCUUUAAUGCCUUUUGAGGCGCCUCAAAAGCCCUCUCCACUCCCACUCCCCCUCCCUUUAAUGCCUUUUGAGGCGCCUCAAAAGCCCUCUCCACUCCCACUCCCUCUCCCUUUCAUGCCUUUUGAGGUGCCUCAAAAGCCCUCUCCACUCCCACUCCCCCUCCCUUUCAUGCCUUUUGAGGCGCCUCAAAAGCCCUCUCCACUCCCACUCCCCCUCCCUUUAAUGCCUUUUGAGGCGCCUCAAAAGCCCUCUCCACUCCCACUCCCCCUCCCUUUAAUGCCUUUUGAGGCGCCUCAAAAGCCCUCUCCACUCCCACUCCCCCUCCCUUUCAUGCCUUUUGAGGCGCCUCAAAAGCCCUCUCCACUCCCACUCCCCCUCCCUUUCAUGCCUUUUGAGGUGCCUCAAAAGCCCUCUCCACUCCCACUCCCUCUCCCUUUCAUGCCUUUUGAGGUGCCUCAAAAGCCCUCUCCACUCCCACUCCCCCUCCCUUUCAUGCCUUUUGAGGCGCCUCAAAAGCCCUCUCCACUCCCACUCCCCCUCCCUUUAAUGCCUUUUGAGGCGCCUCAAAAGCCCUCUCCACUCCCACUCCCCCUCCCUUUAAUGCCUUUUGAGGCGCCUCAAAAGCCCUCUCCACUCCCACUCCCUCUCCCUUUCAUGCCUUUUGAGGUGCCUCAAAAGCCCUCUCCACUCCCACUCCCCCUCCCUUUCAUGCCUUUUGAGGCGCCUCAAAAGCCCUCUCCACUCCCACUCCCCCUCCCUUUAAUGCCUUUUGAGGCGCCUCAAAAGCCCUCUCCACUCCCACUCCCCCUCCCUUUAAUGCCUUUUGAGGCGCCUCAAAAGCCCUCUCCACUCCCACUCCCCCUCCCUUUAAUGCCUUUUGAGGCGCCUCAAAAGCCCUCUCCACUCCCACUCACCCUCCCUUUAAUGCCUUUUGAGGCGCCUCAAAAGCCCUCUCCACUCCCACUCCCCCUCCCUUUAAUGCCUUUUGAGGCGCCUCAAAAGCCCUCUCCACUCCCACUCCCCCUCCCUUUAAUGCCUUUUGAGGCGCCUCAAAAGCCCUCUCCACUCCCACUCCCCCUCCCUUUAAUGCCUUUUGAGGCGCCUCAAAAGCCCUCUCCACUCCCACUCCCCCUCCCUUUCAUGCCUUUUGAGGCGCCUCAAAAGCCCUCUCCACUCCCACUCCCCCUCCCUUUCAUGCCCUUUGAGGCGCCUCAAAAGCCCUCUCCACUCCCACUCCCCCUCCCUUUAAUGCCUUUUGAGGCGCCUCAAAAGCCCUCUCCACUCCCACUCCCUCUCCCUUUCAUGCCUUUUGAGGUGCCUCAAAAGCCCUCUCCACUCCCACUCCCCCUCCCUUUCAUGCCUUUUGAGGCGCCUCAAAAGCCCUCUCCACUCCCACUCCCCCUCCCUUUAAUGCCUUUUGAGGCGCCUCAAAAGCCCUCUCCACUCCCACUCCCCCUCCCUUUAAUGCCUUUUGAGGCGCCUCAAAAGCCCUCUCCACUCCCACUCCCCCUCCCUUUAAUGCCUUUUGAGGCGCCUCAAAAGCCCUCUCCACUCCCACUCCCCCUCCCUUUAAUGCCUUUUGAGGCGCCUCAAAAGCCCUCUCCACUCCCACUCACCCUCCCUUUAAUGCCUUUUGAGGCGCCUCAAAAGCCCUCUCCACUCCCACUCCCCCUCCCUUUAAUGCCUUUUGAGGCGCCUCAAAAGCCCUCUCCACUCCCACUCCCCCUCCCUUUCAUGCCUUUUGAGGCGCCUCAAAAGCCCUCUCCACUCCCACUCCCCCUCCCUUUAAUGCCUUUUGAGGCGCCUCAAAAGCCCUCUCCACUCCCACUCCCCCUCCCUUUAAUGCCUUUUGAGGCGCCUCAAAAGCCCUCUCCACUCCCACUCCCCCUCUCUUUAAUGCCUUUUGAGGCGCCUCAAAAGCCCUCUCCACUCCCACUCCCCCUCCCUUUCAUGCCUUUUGAGGCGCCUCAAAAGCCCUCUCCACUCCCACUCCCCCUCCCUUUCAUGCCUUUUGAGGCGCCUCAAAAGCCCUCUCCACUCCCACUCCCCCUCCCUUUCAUGCCCUUUGAGGCGCCUCAAAAGCCCUCUCCACUCCCACUCCCCCUCCCUUUAAUGCCUUUUGAGGCGCCUCAAAAGCCCUCUCCACUCCCACUCCCCCUCCCUUUAAUGCCUUUUGAGGCGCCUCAAAAGCCCUCUCCACUCCCACUCCCCCUCCCUUUAAUGCCUUUUGAGGCGCCUCAAAAGCCCUCUCCACUCCCACUCCCCCUCCCUUUCAUGCCUUUUGAGGCGCCUCAAAAGCCCUCUCCACUCCCACUCCCCCUCCCUUUAAUGCCUUUUGAGGCGCCUCAAAAGCCCUCUCCACUCCCACUCCCCCUCCCUUUAAUGCCUUCGCGAAAUCGAUCGCAGGAACACCAUCGAAAUCGUGUCUGCAAGCGUUCCUUCCGUAUCCCCUUCACCUGCCCAUCAAUCCACACAGACACUAACCGGGUUGCUGCCCUCAGUGCCAACGCCAUGACCAUCGGCCCACCAUUCACGGGCGGCGCCGGCCUCCCAUUCAGGAAAAAACUCCAGAGCACUCUCCCUCAUCCUGCCACGGUUCCAGUGAUGCCCGGUGUUUAG